CGCAAUUGAUCACAUUGCAGUGGUGAUAUCCCAAGAGUCUACGGUCCCCAGAAGUCUCAGACGCCCUAUUCAGACAAAAUGAGCACCGAACAGCCUGCGCCCCGCUGGGCCGCCUUUGCACGCGACACCAACGAGACCAAGAUCCAGAUCGCACUCAACCUUGAUGGCGGCGCAUUCCCUCCCGAGACCGACGCCCGCUUGAACGUCAGUAUCGCCGACGGCCAUGCCACCCAGGCUAGCAAAUCGCAAACCAUCAGCGUCAAUACCGGCAUUGGCUUCCUUGACCACAUGCUCCAUGCGCUUGCCAAGCAUGCCGGCUGGAGUCUUGCGCUUGCUUGCAAGGGCGACCUUCACAUCGACGACCACCACACCGCCGAAGACGUCUGCAUCGCUCUUGGUUACGCUUUCGCCAAGGCUCUCGGCACACCCACCGGCCUCGCGCGCUUCGGAUACGCAUACUGCCCUCUCGACGAGGCCCUCAGCCGUGCCGUCGUCGAUCUGUCGAACCGUCCCUUUGCCGUUGUCGACCUCGGUCUUAAGCGUGAGAAGAUUGGCGAUCUCAGCACCGAGAUGAUCCCCCACUGCAUCCAUAGCUUUGCCGGGGCUGCCCGCAUCACCGUGCACGUCGACUGCCUCCGCGGCGACAACGACCACCACAGAGCUGAGAGCGCAUUCAAGGCGCUUGCGGUUGCCACGAGGCAGGCUACUAGCCGGGUGGCGGGUCGCGAGGGUGAAGUUCCUAGCACCAAGGGAACGCUCAGCGUAUAAGGAAGUGGGAAGGGAGUAGGUUAUGGGUUUGGAUAUAGAAGUGCAAUGAUACCAUGUAAUGUCGUUUACCGUGGUACUUUGCGCGCAUGUUCGGCUGUCAUCAUUUCGCCAUAGCGACGGCGUAGAGUUGAGGUGAAGAAUGGAAAACCAGAUGCAUCUUGCGAAUUGGCGAAUGUAUACCUAGGGAAUUUACCCCUGAUGCAGGUUGUUGACAAAGUUCCCCUUUCGGAAAGUCGGACGUACGCGGGCUCCACAGCGGACAACAGAAUGGGGAUCGAGGGGAAAGUGGAAGCGCAAGAAAAUCCCUAGAAAUAAUACGGAACCUCGCACGAC